AUGCAGGAAUACGGGGGUUGUCUUGUCUUCUUGAUCCUUGUUUCUUCUGCUGUUGGAGGACUUGCUACCGUCUUCAGCGUGGUUGAUCACGGCGCCAUGGGAGAUGGCAUCACGGACGAUCUCGAAGCGUUUAAGCAGACAUGGAGUGCAGUGUGUGGCGAUCUCAGCACUCCAACCUUCCUUGUCCCUGCAGGGAUGACAUUCUUGCUCAGCAAAGUGUCCUUCUCUGGCCCUUGCAACUCUCCCAUCCUUGUCCAGAUUGAUGGAACUAUUGUGGCCCUUAAUAAUCUUUUGGAUACUGAGGGGAACUACUGGAUCAACUUUGAGCAUGUGGAUGGGUUAUCAAUUAAUGGAUCAGGAAAAAUAGAUGGUCAAGGUGAAAUCUGGUGGAACUGCAAAAGAAGUGCUAAUUGCAUCACUGCACCUAAUGCACUGUCCAUCUCCGGUGGCAGUAACUUCACAUUGAGUGGAUUAGACUUCACAAACAGCCAACAGAAGCACAUUGGUAUAUAUGGGAUUGUUGGGGUGCAAGUGCAUGGGAUCAACAUAACAGCUCCUGGAGACAGCCCCAACACAGAUGGCAUCUACAUUAGAAGUUGCCAACAUGUCACAGUAUCAAAUUCAACUAUUGGCACAGGAGAUGACUGCAUAUCCAUUGGAAAUGGCACCUCUGAUGUCAAUAUCACUCAGAUCACCUGUGGCCCUGGCCAUGGCAUCAGCAUUGGAAGCUUAGGUGAGGAGGAAACCCAAGCAGCAGUGGAGCAAGUUCAUGUUUCCACUUGCAAUUUCUGGGAGACACAGAAUGGUGUCAGGAUCAAGACAUGGCAGGGAGGGUCUGGCUAUGCAAGAAACAUAACUUUUGAGAAUAUCAACUUCACUGCUGUGUAUCAUCCCAUAAUAAUAGAUCAGUACUACUGUAAUGGUGACUACGAUUGUCCCAACAUGACAUCGGCCGUUCAAGUCAGCGAUGUGCACUACAUUCGGGCGACCGGCACGUCCAGCAGCGACAUGGCCAUCAGCCUCAACUGCAGCCAAACUACAGCUUGCACAGGCAUCACCAUAGAUGGAGUCGACAUCCAACCUGCAGAUGCCUCGGUGAAGGCAGCAUCCUUCUGCUACAAUGCACAGCUGACAACCACGAAUGAUGGAGUUGUGCCUGAAAUCUCUUGUUGA